GAGAAGUAUGGCGACGUGGCAAGCGAAGGGAUAGAAAUUCGUAGAAAAUUCGUCCAAAAUCUUGCCGUUUUAGCGUUCAUGUGAAAGUUUUAUCGGUGGGAAAUAACCAUGGGAUUAUGUAAAUGCCCUAAAAAGAAAGUUACUACCCAAUUUUGCUUCGAACAUCGCGUGAAUGUUUGUGAACACUGCCUAGUUUCAAGUCAUCCUAGGUGUAUUGUGAAGUCGUAUCUACACUGGCUCCAGGACAGUGAUUAUAAUCCAGUUUGCACUUUGUGUAAUGGAAGUUUAGCUGAGGGAGAUGUUGUCCGAUUAAUUUGCUUUGAUGUAUUCCACUGGGCUUGUCUGAACAGUUAUGCUGCAAGCCUUCCAACUAACACUGCUCCAGCUGGUUACUCUUGUCCCAACUGCAAGUCAACAGUGUUUCCUCCAGAGAAUCAAAUUUCUCCUGUUGCCGACCAGUUGAGGCAGAUGUUGGCCACUGCACCCUGGGCCCGUGUUGGUCUUGGACUUCCUGUGGUACCUUCCACCAGCUCACCCACUGCCACAACUUCUGAAAGUAUCAUGUCAAAACAUGAAGCUGAUACUGUUACUCAAGUAUCGGAAAGUCAGAGAAUGGCACCCACUAAUGAAAAAACAGACCAUAUCCUAAACUCUGCUCCACAUACAGCCCGUCAGUCACCUCCCUACACCACCCCGCUGAGUACUAAAACAGAACUGCGAUCAACCAGAGAUCAUCACGUGGUAGACGUACGACAACAGAACACCGUGGUACCACCCCCACAACACACUUAUGCACAUGCUGACAAGCCUAGCACAGUUUCAAGGAAGAUAUUCAACACGAGGGAACCAGUAGAUAGUAUCCCUUAUGACCACGAUGAAAAUAAAUACCAAAGAAGAGGUGCUAUUGAUUGGUUCACAAGAUGGUUUUGGUCUCGUCGACCCAAAAAGCCUGGACCUGAGGAUCCAAAGGCCUCUUUAAAACGAACCACAGUGUUGCUGGUCCUGUUUGUACUCGCCUUUACAACGAUGGUGGUGCUUUUUACACGAGUUGGACGGGGAAUGGCUGAUAAGGACCCUUUUCUUGACCCGAUGGCAAAUCCCAACAUUAGAGUUAAAGGUGGAAGGAUACAAAGCGCUUGAAAUGCAACUUUAAUGGAAAAUGAAACGGUCUUAAAUCGUAUUCAGUCUAGGAACAGAGAAGAAACGCAUGGUGUCUGCUCAGAAAUCCUUAAUAACCGUAAAAUUUAAGAAGAUUUUGUAAAACUCAUUGUCGCGUGAAAUGAGGAUGCACUAGCUGGCGUCCUGUAGGUAACAAAUCCUGAGGGUAUGUUUCCCCUUUUUACGCCGUUUUCGCAACGUGGAGGCUUUCUCAGCGUCGUUUUGUGUGCGCGCCGUCGUGGAAGUCGGCUAUCGUCACGGUUCCAGUCCUAGAGAGGAGAGUUCCCAAGCUGUUAAGAAUUUUUAUUACGCACAGAGAGGCUAUCUUGUGCUAUAUCCCCCCUUCCCAUCUACUCUUACGACUAUUAUGUAAUAUCAGGUUAGAACAAAUGAUGAAGUACUUCUUAGCUAGGGCAAAAAUUGUGAAGGAAAUAAAAUUAUUAAAGAUGUAUUGUGUUAUGGUAAUUGCUAAGAAAUGCAGUGAAGUUUCUUUGAUUGAAGCCAAGUUCGACAGUGUUUUUUUUUUUUUAAUUUUAGCUUAAGUCCUGGCUUGUAAUUCUCCCUACAACAGAGAGAGUGGCUACCAUCCAGAUCAGAGGGUGUUAGUGUCGAAGCGAAUUUUCAUACUUGUCUAAAGGAAAAGCUAAAGAUGAUUAAAAAUUUCACUUACACGUA